CACAGUUUACUCAACACACCACACACACACUCACACACACACGCGCGCACACACACGCGCACACUGGCCCCCUCGCGCACACGCACGGAGGGCGCGAGCGAGCAGACGCGCACACCCGGCGAGCCAAGUUCCGCAGCCUGGCAUGGCUUCUGGGGACCUUUACGAGGUCGAAAGGAUUGUAGACAAGAGGAAGAACAAGAAAGGGAAAUGGGAGUAUCUUAUCCGAUGGAAAGGCUACGGAAGCACGGAGGACACGUGGGAGCCAGAGCACCAUCUGUUGCACUGUGAGGAGUUUAUCGACGAAUUCAACGGGCUGCACGUGUCCAAGGACAAAAGGAUCAAGUCAGGGAAGCAGGCCAGUGCCUCCAAGCUCCUGCGUGACGGCCGAGGCCCGUCGGUUGAGAAACUCUCCCACAGACCUUCAGAAUCUGGAAAGAGCAAAGGGACUUCCCAUAAAAGGAAGCGAAUCAACCCUUCCCUGUCCAAGCCAAAAAAAGGCUAUUCAGCCAAGCCCCCUGCGGGAGGCGACAGGGCCGCCAAGACGGUGUCUUACAGGACUACCCCCAGCGGUUUGCAGAUAAUGCCGCUGAAGAAGGCUCAGAACGGGUUGGAGAAUGGGGACGCCGGCUCCGAGAAGGAUGAGAGGCACUUUGGAAAUGGGUCCCACCAGCCUGGCUUGGAUUUGAAUGAUGUAGGAGAGCAAGAACUGGCCGAAUGUGGUGUCAACCAUGGGGCAUUGGCAGAGAACGGGCUCGGCUCUGCUCUGACCAACGGGGGAUUAAACCUGCACAGCCCCGUGAAGAGGAAGCUGGAAGCAGAGAAGGACUAUGUCUUUGACAAGAGGCUCAGGUACAGCGUCCGCCAGAACGAAAGCAACUGUAGGUUUCGGGACAUUGUCGUGCGGAAGGAAGAGGGGUUCACACACAUCCUGCUGUCCAGCCAGACCUCGGACAACAACGCACUGACCCCCGAGAUUAUGAAGGAGGUCCGGCGAGCGCUGUGCAACGCGGCCACGGAUGACAGCAAACUGCUGCUUCUCAGUGCAGUGGGCAGCGUAUUCUGCAGCGGCCUAGAUUACUCCUACCUAAUUGGCCGGUUGUCCAGUGACCGGAGAAAGGAGAGUACCCGGAUUGCAGAAGCCAUCAGGGACUUUGUGAAGGCCUUUAUCCAGUUUAAGAAGCCUAUCGUGGUUGCGAUCAAUGGGCCUGCCCUGGGCCUGGGUGCCUCCAUCUUGCCCCUCUGCGACAUUGUGUGGGCCAGCGAGAAGGCCUGGUUUCAGACCCCCUAUGCCACCAUCCGCCUCACACCUGCUGGCUGCUCCUCAUAUACCUUCCCCCAGAUCCUGGGCGUCGCACUGGCCAACGAGAUGCUGUUCUGUGGGCGGAAGCUCACUGCUCAGGAGGCGUGCAGCAGGGGACUUGUGUCCCAGGUCUUCUGGCCAACCACCUUCAGCCAGGAGGUCAUGCUGCGGGUCAAGGAGAUGGCCUCCUGCAGCGCAGUGGUGUUGGAAGAAUCGAAAUGCCUCGUUCGGAGCUUUCUGAAGUCCGUGCUUGAAGAUGUGAAUGAGAAAGAAUGCCUCAUGCUCAAGCAGCUCUGGAGCUCCUCCAAGGGCCUGGAUUCCCUGUUCAGCUACCUGCAGGACAAAAUUUACGAAGUCUGAAGAGCCCCAGCCCACCUGCCCCAGCGCUCGAGGGCACCUGACUUCCAGCUUUGCCCUGUGCUUCAGAAAUCCGAGCACGGUGUGCGCCGGCUAAGGCGUUUGUCAAGGUGUCUCUCUUGUGUCCAUUUCCUCCUGUCCUUUGGUUGCUCCGCAUUGGUUUGGUUUUGUAUAACAGAUGGGAAACGCAGCAUACUCGGCUUCCCCCGGGUGCCCCCACCCCCAUCCCCGUCCCUCCACUGGCCAGAGAGCUAUCGAGGGCUAUAUCUUCCCAGGCCUCUGCCAGAUACUGUUGGUCCUCUCCGCACUCGCUGAAAUGCACCAUCCCGGUCCGGGAAGGGGAAGGCCAGUUUUCCCCCAUCCUUCUGACUCAGGCUGUGUCUACACAGUGCCUCUGCUUUGGAGACGUGGCUGUAUGGCUCUCUCCGGUUAAGUGCAGAUCCGGUGACAGGGGACAAUCAAUCUUAGGGAAUUUCCAGACCACUGAGCAAAAUGGUUGUGUAGAGCCAGCCUCAGUCUUCUCUCUGAUGCGAAUUUGUGUGACUUUUAGGGCUUGGUCUUAAAACCCAAUUGAGUGAUUUGGAAACCCAGAUAUUGUAUGUUUAGGAAUGUUUUGUUAAAUAUAUAUUUUUAAAACAAUGUAAGUGGAAAUUCUGAUAAUUUAUGUGUAUUAUAUGUAAAGCUAGUUUUACAAAAACAUGAACUACUAGGAGAUUUUUUUC